CGGGGCAGCCAUAGUGAUACAAUGCGGAGCAGCACAAAGUGUAACGCAGCCACUCGCGCGCCGUCGACACCUUGUGGCAAAAAAAGUCUCCGUGCCAGUCUGCCAGCGCUGCAAGAUCACGCAGUGAUUCGCUUUGGAGACCCCGACCAGUCUAAUAUGCAACACUGUGAUCGGUUUUGGGCGCAAAAGGGCAGUGCACCAGCAGAUUAAGGGCUGCCCUUCCCCCCCCGGGGCACCAACAUGGAGGUGGCCGCGGCGGUCGGUUUGGCCACCGCCGUCAAUUCCGCCGUCCGCGCGGCCACGGGGAAAAGCAUCGCGCAAAAUUGCUGUUCCCUCCUGAACAAGGUGCGGUCCAAGGUGCUGGGGACGGUCGUCGAUGUCACGGCCAAGCAGCUCGCCGAGGACGCCUGGAAGAAGGCCGAGGACGCGAUCACCGGCGCGGAGCGCAAGGAGCGCUUGGCUUUCUCCCAGCGGCUCGCCGCGCUCGGCAACACACUGCGGAGCCUGGAAGCCAACUCCGUCGUGGAGGACGAUGGGGUGAAGGGCGCGCUGGACGGCCUGCGUGGCUCUCUCGAGCGCGCCGUCGAGGGCACCGACGACGCCGCCGCACGCGGUCGCGCCUCUGCAGAUAUCCAGGGGUACGCGCAGAAUCUGAGCAUAGCAAUGACGGCGGCGUCCGCGAAACGCGCCGACGCCUCGGCCGCGGCGUCCGCGAACCGCUCCGCGUCGUUUCACGCCGAGACUACGGACGGUAUCAACGAGCUCAAGGCCAAGAUUGAUGCCCUGCAAAUGAAUGAGCCGGCGAUCCAGGACCAGUACGUGUACGACCCCUACGACUCGGACGACUCGGACCAGGAGGCGUCGCAGUUAGGGGAAGGCUCCUUCGGUUCGACACAUACGAUGAAGAACAAGGACGACGGUCGCGUGUACGCCGUCAAGCUCAUGAAGAUCAAGAAGGCGGGCGUCCCUGUAGAGAAGCUACGGGAAGAAGCCGCACGGCUCUCGAUGCUGAACCAUCCGAACAUCGUCCGCUACUUCACAGCCUUCCGCUAUAAGAAGGGCGACCCCUGGACGGCCCACGUCUGCAAGGCGGGCAAUUUGAUAACAGCCCAGAACCCCCAGUCGGCGGACGCCUGUGCGGCGGCCGUGGUCGAGGCCCUAGCCUAAGGCAAACAC